UUUGACAAAUGAAGCUGUUUUAAACAUCAAACCUCAUUUGGAAUCUGCAGUGAAAGAAGGUUUAAGGAUCAAAGAUGCAACAUCGGAAGAUUUUAUGGAUGUUGAUAUUGACCAUAAGACAUUUCAAAUGAUGCAGGAACUAAAUGUUUGGAUACCAAAAUUCCACAACAAAAGCAAUUUACCAAAUGAAAAAUUUUUUGUUCGAAGUUUUUUAAGUGAACAAAACACUCUCCUUUGCUAUGAAAAUGUUCCAAGAUUGUCGUGGAAUUUGCAGCUUGAAUGACUGAAAACCACUCUAAACCAGUUGUAGUUAUUAUUCAACCUGAAAGUAUAGCUUGUCCAAAAUUUAGUUACUCCAAGGACAGUAUUUUUGAAAAAUAUUUUGAAAUUAAUCUGUCGUCUAACAAUUGUGUGUGCCUAGUUGGCCUUUCAGAUGGCAAAAUUAUGUGGACUUCUUUCUCUUUAUCCAGAAAAACACUUGAGAGAAAUACAGAAUUGCAACUCAUGUAUGAUUUAAAACAGCCGGUUGCUAAUAUUCAUUUUAUGGAGAAAAUAGAAAAUGUUGAAGGUCAUGGAUUUUUACUUAUUAUUGGCUCUUUUGGAAAACUAGCUUUGCUGGCAGCAGAAAAGUUAUUUUCUAAUGCAGCUAAAGUUGAGUCGGGAAAAUCUCUUUAUGUUGUCACUUCAUAUAUACAAGUUUCAAUUAAAGAAACCAUUUUGUUUGGUGAGACUAUUUUGUAUAUUUGUAGAGCAGGAAAUUUAUAUUCAUCAAAAUGCACAGUAGAUACUUUAGAGAAGAAAGAGCUUAAAAUUUCCUCAAGAAAGUUGGACCUAAGUGGAAUAAUAUCUAUGGUAGUUGUUGAUAAAGAAAUUGGACUCAUUCUCCUGAGAACCAGUAUUGGAAAUUUGUAUUUAGCUAAAUAUGAAGCUGUAGAAACACAAAGUGAUCAUUUAUUGUCCUUGCCUACAAUCAUGGCCCAGUGUUUGCAUCAAAGUACAAUAAUGAAAGAACUGAUUUUUAUUCAGUCUCUUCAACGUAGAUUCUUUGCUGCAUUAACAGUAUUUGCAUCUUUAAAACAUAAAGGAAUUUGUUUUGAAGAGAAGUUCUCAUGUUCGGCAUCAGAAAUAGCAUUGUCUAAGAAGAUUUUGUUAGAUGUAAAUCUCCAAAGUUUAAAACAGCUAAACCUUGAUCCUGAUUUAUGGAGUGUAGCUUUUUCUGCUCAUUCAUGUUUUUGUGAGAAUUAUAAAGUUGUUUCAAAGACAGUGCCUUAUUCAACAGAUCAUCCAUCUUUAUUCAUUGAAUUGAAUGAAUCAGACCUGCAACCGUCUUCAGCUUCAGUAUUACCAUUAUUGAUAGAAGUAGGACUGGUAUUAAAUAUACCAUAUGACUGGAAAGGCUUGGAUUGUUUCAAGUUGGUGGAAAAAUCAUUACCUACUUACAUUCGAAUCCGGACAUUUGUAGUUCAUGAAUUUUAUUUUUUAAAGAAAAGUUCAAAUGCGGCAACAAUUUAUCAUAAUUGGAACUCUUCAAGAAGUAUUUUACAAACAAUAAAUGAGGUAGCAAAGGAAAAACCUAUUUCAAAUUUAUUGAAGUCAAACAUAGAUAUUUUAACCGACCUGCCAAACAAAUUUCAGUUUUGUUUUCCCACAUCAAGUAUUCAAGACUUUUUGGAUAAGAAUCAAGAAACAGGCCCAUGUGAUUUUAUAUUCAAAAUAUUGCUGAAGAAAAGUGUUAGAAAUUUUUCUCAAGACAAUGAAAGUCUAUCUUGCAGAAAUAAACCAGUCACCAUCACCGUUGAAAAGAUAGAGAGCACAAUACUGAUUACACUUAUUUCAAAGGACUUGGAUUUACUACUUGGAAUGAGAAUGGCAACACUAGAAUUACUUUUAUCCCAUCAGUUGAGAUGUGAAAUAAACCCACAAACAUAUGUCAGCAUCCCUGGCUACAUUGUCAAACUAUGUGAGGAGGUGUCAGAAAAAAUAAACUAUGGGAAAGAUAUCGAUUCUGAAGAAGAUUGCAGAAAUAUAAUUAUGCUUUAUACACAAUUACGAAAAAAUAUAUCAGAAAAAUUACCUGUAUUAUAAUAAAGUAUUGUUUGAUAUGAAAGUUGAAUUCAAAUUUUGUACUGCAUAGCAUAUUUCUUCAUGAAGAAAUGUUCCUAUCUGAAAAGAUCCCUAAUCUACUUUUUGAAAAGUGAUAUUAUAUAU